GGGAUCCUCAGCAGGAAGCAAAAAAAUCCGGAGGAGGAGAAGGAGGAGACGCAAAAGCGCUGGAGGAAGCUGGAGCUAAGGAUGUAGCCCCGCGAGGAGCGGCUCCCCGGCAAGGGGACCCCGCAGGGAUCAUCCGGCAGAAUGAGGACGUUCCACGCAAGGUUCUGACACCAUGAAGGGCUACCAUGGGGAGCGCAGCCAAUCACAGAGCUCCACAGGGCGCCCGUGUCCCUGCAUCCCAGAGGACUGUGACCAGCCCCUGGACUACAUCCGCCGCGGCCAGGAAUCCAGGCAGUCGUACCUCUUCAGCCCCAGUGAGCCUUGUUCUUUGGAUCACCGCUACUGCCCCUCUCGGAGCCCGGGGGUCCCCGCCGAGUGCCCAGCCGGGCCCAUGAGCCUGACCGAGCCGCUCUCUGCCAGCAGCAGCAGCACCUUCCCCAGGAUGCACCACACCCAGCAGCAGUAUGACUCCUGCGACGAGUGCAUGGCGGCCACCCACCCCUCCAGCAAGAUCAACCGCCUGCCCCCCACCCUGCUGGACCAGUUUGAGAAGCAGCUGCCGCUGCACCACGACGGCUUCCACACGCUCCAGUACCAGCGGGCCGGCACCACGGAGCAGCGCAGCGAGAGCCCCAGCCGCAUUCGCCACCUGGUCCACUCCGUCCAGAAGCUCUUCGCCAAGUCCCACUCCCUGGAGGCCCCGGCCAAGCGGGAGUACAACGGCACCAAGAUGGAGGGCCGGGGGGAUGGGUACCACCAGCACCACCAGCACCACCAGUCCCGGCACGGCAAGCGGAGCAAGAGCAAAGACCGCAAGCUGGACUCCCGGCACCGGCCCAAGAUGAUGGGUUGGUGGAGCUCUGACGACAACCUGGACAGCGACAGCAGCUACCUGGUGUCCGGCCGGCACGCCAUGGACCAGGGCACCCAGUACUGCGUGGAUGCUCCCGAAAGUGCCUUCAGAGACUUGACCUUGAAGAGUCUAAAGAGCGGGGAGGGCAAGUGCCUGGCCUGCGCCGGCAUGUCCAUGUCGCUGGACGGCCAGACACUGAAGAGGAGCGCCUGGCACACGAUGACAGUCAGCCAAGCCCGGGAGGCAUAUCCCAGCUCGGGAGGCAGCCAGGAGAAAGCCUUGGUACUGCAGGAGGCAAAAGCCAAAGACAGAGGCUACCAUUACCUUCAGGUGCCGCAGGACGAGUGGAGCAGCUACCCAGCGGUGGGGAAGGACGGCGAGAUCCCCUGCCGGCGGAUGCGGAGCGGCAGCUACAUCAAGGCCAUGGGGGACGAUGACAGCGGUGACUCGGAGGCCAGCGCCAAGGUGUCUCCCAAGGGCUUGUCCCGGCGAGAUGGCUACCGCCGCUCCUCCAGUGUAGACCAGGCCAGGACCAACUGCUGCACCCCGCCCAGAAUGCACCCUCGGGGACAGGGCUACGGACGCUCUUUCACCACCGGCCAGAUCAACGAGGAGCUGAACCACCAGUUUGAGGCGGUCUGUGAGUCCGUCUUUGGCGAGGUGGAGUCCCAGGCCGUGGAGGCGCUGGACCUGCCGGGCUGCUUCCGCAUGCGGAGCCACAGCUACCUGCGAGCCAUCCAGGCGGGCUGCUCGCAGGACGACGACUGCCUCUCGCUCUUCUCCAUGUCCGUCCCGCCCAGGCCAGCCAUCACCAGCAGCAUCCUGAAGCCCAGCACCUCCUUCAGUUACCGAAAAGCACCACCGCCCCUCCCUCCAGGAAUCAAAGCCAAGCCCCUCAUCUCAGUCACGGCGCAGAGCAGCACUGAGUCCACCCACGAGAGCUACCUCCCCAGCGAGGUCGCCCGGAGCCCCUCGUGGUCCAAAGACGCCGUGGCUCGCUGCAACUCCACAGAGAGCUUGGAGAACUCCAAGGUGACAGCCAUCUCCUUGGAUCUGCCUCCCGUCCAGCCCCGGGGCUCUCCCAAGCCGUCCACACUCAUCAUCAAGGCCAUCCCAGGCCGGGAAGAGCUGAGGAGCUUGGCACGGCAGAGGAAAUGGCGCCCAUCCAUCGGAGUUCAGGUUGAGACUAUAUCUGAUUCCGACACAGAAAGCAGGAGCCAGAGGGAAUUCCACUCCAUCGGGGUGCAAGUGGAAGAAGACAAAAGGCGGGCCCGGUUCAAACGCUCAAACAGCGUGACGGCUGGCGUGCAGGCCGACCUGGAGCUGGAAGGCUUCACGGGCCUGUCGGUAGCCACAGAGGACAAGGCCUUGCAGUUCGGGCGGCCCUUCCAGCGGCACUCCUCGGAGCCAGACGCGUCCAGCCGACAGUACUCGGUGUUCAAGACGGUGCACACGCAGGGCCAGUGGGCCUACCGGGAGGAUUACCAGAUGCAGUAUGACACUGUGGAGGUGCCCCGGCGGGACUCCUGGAUUGAAAGGGGCUCCCGCAGCCUCCCCGACUCCGGCAGGGCCUCUCCCUGCCACCGAGACGGGGAGUGGUUCAUUAAGCUAUUGCAGGCUGAGGUGGAGAAGAUGGAAGGCUGGUGCCAGCAGAUGGAGCGGGAGGCUGAGGACUACGACCUGCCGGAGGAGAUUCUGGAGAAGAUCCGGAGCGCCGUGGGCAGCACCCAGCUCCUGAUGUCCCAGAAAGUGCAGCAGUUUUUCCGACUCUGCCAGCAGAACAUGGACCCUAAUGCAUUCCCCAUGCCCACCUUUCAAGACCUGGCUGGAUUCUGGGACCUCCUGCAGCUGUCCAUCGAGGACGUCAGCUUGAAGUUUGCAGAGCUUCAGCAGCUCAAGGCCAACGGAUGGAAACUCAUCGAGCCCAAGGAAGAGAAGAAGGUCCCUCCUCCGAUACCAAAGAAGCCGCCGCGCUCCAAGGUGCACCCGGUGAAGGAGCGCUCCCUGGACUCCGUCGACCGGCAGAGGCAGGAAGCCAGGAAAAGGCUCCUGGCGGCCAAGAGAGCUGCCUCCUUCCGCCAGAACUCAGCCACCGAGAGCGCAGACAGUAUCGAGAUCUACAUCCCCGAGGCCCAGACCAGGCUGUGAACGGAGCCCUGGCUUUUCUACCCACACCGUACAGAGAGAGUACAUAGCUCACUGUGAUGGCCAGGGCCCGAGCCGCAGGGACCCCCGGGGGCAGCUCUCGGCCCACUCACAGCUUCUCGACUUUUUAUCAUCUAUGAUUCAUGGAUCCGACGGCGAAUGAACACGAGCCUGGUUCUGUCUUGCCCUCAUGCUCCCCCCGUGGGGCAGGGCUCUCCCUGACCCUGCCUGCUCACAAGCCCCUUCCUGGCCUUUCCCCAUUGCCCUCUCCCUGAGCCCCCUGUCUGCCCUGAAGCCUUUUCUGCCCUCCAUCUCCCCUCCUUCUUGCAGCCCUGUCCCCUUCCAAGCCCAUCUCCCCUUCCCUGUACCCUCCUUUCACAUCUCUUUGUACCUUGCUCCUUGCAGCCCUCCCCCCCUUUGUGUCCCCCUCUCCUCAUGUCCCCCCUCUUCUCCUGCUUUUCCCCUUAUAUGGGAGAGGGAGGGGCCCCCCCCAGCUCAGCUGAUUGGGGGGCAGGCAGGCCCACCCCCGCACCUCCGUGUGUCCUCCCCCCCACGGUCGUGCCACCUUUAACUUCUCCCAUUUCCUCAAUUCAAUGCAAACAAAGCGUCUUGCGGGGGGGAAAACGCCGCCGAGCUCCAUGCUGCACCAGAGGGGGAACCUGUGCCAAAGUCACCAUUCCUGGCAGCCCGGCGAGCCAGCUUCCCUUGCUGGCAUGAGGCUUCGGGCCGUGGCAGGCAUGAGGGGCAGUCCCUCCCUGCACCCCCACCAUGGUUCAGUCCCAUCCCUGCCUCUCGCUUGGGCACCUCGGGGAAUCCAUGGUCAUAGACUUCUAUACAUAUAUACAUAUAACCGAAGGAAUAAAACAAAAACUACACAUGACCACAGCUGUGUUCCUGCUGGUGAGACUGGGAUCAGAUCAUCAGGAAAUCCAUGGCAGCCGCAAAACCAGCCCCUGCUUUCCCUACACUUACAUCGUCAGUAAGAAUAUGCUAUGAUUUCUCUUCUUUCUUCCUUUCUCUCUUUCUUUCCCUUCCUGCAAGCGUGAAUCCUGGGCCUGCGCUGGCGUGCGUCCGCUCGCCACGGAAGGCUAGGAGAAGGUCAAAACUUGGAUGGUCACUUUAUUUUCCAUCCCUCUUUGAUUUCCCCACCAGCUGCUGGUCUGACUAGUUUACCCUGGGAGUGAAAUUCGAGGGUGAGGUUGGGCGGCGGGAGGAGCAGGUGUCUUUGGAGCAGCGUUUGGUUUCUGUCUAGCAAUGGCAAGGGCUGGCAGAAACUGAGGUCUUUGGGGUUGGUUUCGGGUUUCCCUUGCUGCUGUCCCCUCUCCCUUUAGACAGGGCAAAGAAACAAGCCUGGCCUUUCAAGUGACCAAUCCACCAUGCAGGGUAUUGGUGCUGAGCCAAGUGCAGGGCACUGUUUUGACCCAUCUGCAUCUGGUUUAAAGACACAGCUGUCCCCAGGGGCCAGGCCAGAGCAGAUGGCAGGGAAUGGCAAACGUGCCAUUGACAACCCAUCUUGCCUUAGGAGGAAGAGGAACCUGCUGUUGCGUCCCCAGGGUGUUGCUGGGCCGGCUCCUUGCGUUGUAUUUACCAGUGUUAAGGAAGGUGAGAAAACCCUUGGAGCUGUUAACCGCACAGACGGAGCUCCAGCAGGCGAGGGUACUUGGGAACGACGUUUCUGUGGAGAGAGCUGGCCUGUCUGAAUGUCGAGGGGAGAGGGGGAUUCGGGGGCCGCCUGUGGGGUGAAAUGCGGGUUCGUUGUUACUUGCCACGUCUGUUCUAUAGGAUGAUUCCAGAGCCUCUGUUUCAGGGCUUCUCAACCCAAGGGUCACAAAUCCCUGGUGCUGAAUGGGGUGGGGAUCUCAGCCAGGUGGGAGUGGGUUCUGGUACAGAAAAGCUUGAGAACGCCUGUGCAAUAGCAGCCCUGGCAAAGGUGACACUGCAUUCACCAUGUGGACCCUUGAGCAUUGGAGCGGGAGGUUUUAUUCCCACCGGGCUGCGAUGGGGCUUGCCGUGCCGGCCCUGGCUGCCCAGCCCAUAGAGAAGCCCUUCCCCGACAGUGCAAACCAGCGGGAGCGGUAGGCACUCAGGAGCGAGCCAUGCCAAUCCCAGCCAGGCCCACUGCCUCUUUGCCCUUCUCACUCCAUCACAAACGCUCCCCAGCCCCUCUCCCUGCCCUUCAGCUGCCCUGCGGGGGGCUACCCAAGCCCUCUGGCUUUGCCAAAGCCUCCAUUUGGCUCCUGCCGCCCAGUGGUGCAGCCUACGUUCUCCUCUGCUGAGGAGCAGCUUUCGGUGUCACCUGCUGCUCCCAUCCCAGGGACCCAUCUGGGCUCACAGACGCCAGGACAGGGCCCCUCCUUCGCAGCAUGGUGCCCUACCGAGCAAGGCAGCGGCCCUCGCUGCUGGCAGCCGGGUUAGGCCACAAAGAGAGUCCGGCAGGGCCAAGGCCUGGAGGUUCAGCCUGAGGCUUUAGUCUUCAGUCUCUAUCUGGCCAAUAGUGCCCAGGGACAGCAGCUCCUGGUUGUUGCGUUCCAGGAACCGCCCUCCCCGGUCAGUCACUGUCACUAACGCCAGCUGGGAAAGUGACUUGGAAAAGCAAAGCCCUGGCAGGGAAGGGCAAGUGGAACUGGAGGUUGCCAUGGUGGUGGGGCUCUGGCUCGUGGCCUGUGGGUCAUCACCCUGCGCCUCAUGCAGUCCUUUACCUCGCAGCAAAGCGAGUGUGAAAUGCAGCCGUUCUGUUCGGUGGUGCCUACCCCCGCUUUGCACUGGUGUAAAAGAUGGGCCCGGGGGGGCGAUGGAGGAUUGGGACCCUGCUCUGUUCAGACCACCUCAGUGACGAUAACCUCCAGCAGCUGCACCGGCUCCCUAGCCGCCAGCCCCCCUGGGAGGCAGGGUAAGUGCCGCUCUCCUUAGUAGAUGGGGAAAUGGAGGCACAGGGGGCCCAGAGGCACGACUCCAAAGCUCCAGUCUGUCACUGGAGACCGACCCAAGACGUGAAUGUGGGUCUGCCCUUCCCCAAGCUGAGUUCCUGCUUGUGAGAGUGGCAGAUAGGAUAUCGCAUUACAAGAACCCCCUCCUCCAUGGGCAUCCCAUCCUCCAUGGUAUGGCAUUAGCAGUGCCCUGUCCUCCCGGGUAUCAUGAGGAAUGCCCUCACACUCAUGCUACACUAGAGGAGGUGCCCUCUCUUUUGUGAAGCCGUAAAGGGAAUGCCCUCCUCUUCCUGGCAUGGCUGCCAUAGCUUUCUUCAGGGCUCAUGGGGUGACCCCCCUAUAGCAGGAAGCCAUCACUCCUAACAGCAUAUAGAUGAAAUGCCUGGGGAGCCUGCUGUCCACCGCCCCCUCUGCGCAUCGUUACCUGUACACAAGCCAAAGGUUGGGCUCCACACUCCUCAUAUUACCCAUCGUGGGCACCUUCUCCACCAGGCUGUAGUCCUGAGCGUGCCGAAUGGAGGGGGUGAUUUCAGACCAGGCUAGGCCCUCUCAGGUGAGGCGGUAGGGGGAUAGGGCAUAAACAGAGGGGCCCUGUAGGGUGGGUACCCGCCAGGAUCUUGGAGAUCAGAUGGUCCAAGUUCUCCCCUGCUGGUUGUCCUGAGUUGUCUUUCCUCUCCUUUUCACUCAUUCUGCUCCCCAGCCGUGCAGACCCCUCCUUCCUCCCCCCAAAGUACAGUCUGUUCCACCUGCCCUGAUGUCUGUAAGGCUGGGGAGCAGAGAGUUCACCCACUGAGCCAGGUGUCCUGCCCUGGGAAAACGGGGUUGCCAAGCCACCCACUCUGAAAGGUCAAGGAAAAAACUCAGUGCUGCCUUCUCACAUUGUCCCUCCUUCCAACUGGGGAGCCCCCUGCACUGUGAAACCCUUCAAGGGGGACCCCCCUCGUCUUCUCGCCACCCUAUGAUUGUACCAGCUCCUGCUCCCUGCCCACUCAGCUAUCUUGGAGACGCCCUGCUUCAGACACGAAGAGGGGAGGAAAGAUCCCAAGCAGAGUGGCUAAAGGAGCAGCAAGGCAAGGAGCAGUGACACCAGCCACAGCCUAGGCGGCCAGAUCUCUAGGGCAGGGACUGUCUUUUUCAUGAGCAUACAGCACCUAGCACUAUGGAGUCCCUGAUCCCUGACUGGGUCCCUCAGGUGCCAAUUGUAAAUUUCAGCCCAAGGGGACAUCCUGCCUGGUGCAUGCUAGGAUUCCUCCCUGUAGCACCUGGGACAGGUAGGAUGUACUGAGAGAUGGG